AUGGGUCUAGCAUCACUCCCGACCGAAUUGGUAGAAACCGUCGUGAAUCAUCUCGAUCUCCCUGCCUUCCAGUCCUUCCGCCUCAUUUCACCAUCUCUCAACCAGCAAUCGCUGCAUCUAUUCAAAACGCGUUUCUUCCGGACACGAACUAUUUCCUGGACUGUCGAGGAUUUUCGUUGUCUUCUCGACAUCGCCUGGCAUCCAGUGUUUGGAGGCGCUCUUCAGGAUUUGAUUGUUGACGCCACUCCGAAAUAUGCGAUCCAACUAUGGGAGGUCAAAAAAAGAAUAUACGACGCUCAGCAUGACAGCAAGCUAAAGGAUCUCUAUUGGAUCGAAUACGAGCUUCUGAAUGAGAAGGCUGCAGAGUCGUAUAGGUACUGGAAUGAAACGCGCCAUGACCAGAAGACUCUGACAGCCAUCUUUGAAAGACUGAAGAAGCUGGACUCUAUUUUAUUUUGCUAUAACGGCAUGUGCCGAUCGUAUGGUAAGUUUAGUCGCAGGUACUGCGAGAGCAGCCAGAAUGAAAUGAGUCGGCCUUUCGUAUCGACCCUCGCUGCCAUAGCUGUGUCUGGCAUCAUUGUUCACGAAAUCUCUGUCCAUCCGCAGCGACGACACGGAGCAAUCAGCGUGGGGCGCCUCGAGUCGCUGUCACCAAUUCUAUCCAGGUUCGACGCCGCAUUCGAGCAUUUACGCGUACUGAAGCUCAACCUGCGUGACUGGAGGCACCCUGACGAAGGAUUCGAGCCACCUCCGGGCAAAGUUCCAUUUGUAGUGCGAUUCCUCUCAAAAUGUCGAAACCUCCGUGAACUAGAGUUCUCCUGGUACAGCUUGCUUGAAAGGGGUAUCUUUGUUCAGGUUGCGAGGCACUGCCGCUUCGCCUCGCUCCAAGUUUGCAAGCUUGAGUUGUUCAGCAUUACUGCGGAAGACGUAAUGGCCUUCUUACAACCGACGAAGAAAACCCUACGAGAUUUGACCUUCACUAACGUUAUCCUGCGGGAUGCUGAUUCAACCUGGGAGGUUUUGCUGCCUCUUCUCACAGCCGAAUUUGACCUAGAACAUCUUUCGCUACAAGAUCUGUUCACCAAUACAGGUGGGAUGGUGAUAUUUAGAUCCUACGAGCAGAGUGCUGCCACGGAAGUUGCUAUAACAUCAACUGCUCCAGGAAUUAACGCGAAGGUCCUGCACCUCACCGACCGCCUCGCUACUGGUAAUUUGGGACCCGCAUGGAGCCAUGGGUCGGUCGCGUACCCAUUCAUUGGAAGAUUGUGA